GGUUUAUUUGUUUCUCUCUAGAAUUUUUGAGACUGCCUUUUCUCAGCCCCUUUUUGUGUUGUCUCUAGAUGCUUCAUAUGAGUUUGAGUCUCUCUCUAGAACUUUGAGAUGAUUUUGGUCUAUCUCUCGACAUUGUGGUUUAAGGUUUCAUUGGUUUCUCUCAAGAGCUUUAACAGGGAUUUUCUGUUAACGUUCGUUUUGCUAUAGAGAAUGCCCAAAUGUGAUAGGGUUUUCUGUUAAAGAGAUUAUGCAGAAUAUCAAUUUAACAUAGUCAAGUUGGUUUAUUCUACUUAUUUAUCUGAAGAAUCAUUCACAGGCUUAGAAAAAGUUCCGCAUAAAAACACGGAACUUGAAAAGGGAACCUCGCUGAAGGGUAACACCCCCGACUGCUCUCGCAAAGAAGAGGGUAUUUGCUUGCCCCCGACUGCCCUAAUCACAGAGCAGAGACCAUCUCGCACCUACGAGCCUCCUCACAAAGGCCGUGAUCGCCUUGUAUGUGAUUGGUGCUUUGAUGAUCAGGUGGGAGAAAGCGGAAUUGCAUAUGGGAUUUUUGCUUGAGGAUCAUACUUACCCCCAAGGCUAUGAUUGAAACAUAAUUACAGGUGGAAAUACCAGCACACGCUUUAUCAAACAAGGUUCGCAGCUUUCAGGUUUACCAAUUUUAACCUUCCUCCCAGAAUCCAGGAAAAUCAACAGCAGGGAUUUUCCCAAGGAAAUUGCAGGGAAAGUUAUCAAACACCACCUUAAGGUUAAAGGCAUAAACCAAGGUUUUUGAAUUGGAGUUCCGCUAAAAUGUCAGGCAGCAAGGAAGCUGAGGGAAUAGCUCUCCUCUCCAUGUACAAUGAUGAAGACAUGGAUGCAGAGGAAGACCUGGAUGAGGAGAGAGAAGAAAACGGGAAAGAAGAAAGCGCAGAAAGAGAAAAGGAAGAAGAUAAAUUGGAAGAGAAGGCGGAUGGAGAUGAUGAAGAACUAGAGAUUGUGCCAGAAUCUUUUAACGAGAGUACUCUUCUGCUUCCUUCCCCUCCAUCUCGUAAUGAUUAUUUUGCCCUAAAAAGUCCUUCUCCAGAGCUUUAUCCACCACCUUCCAUGGAAGUUGAUGUUCAAAGAUUAAAUAGAGGUUCUUUGGCCAUUGUUGAUUACGCACAUGAUGAGGUCACCAUGUCUCCUGAUAUUGAGCAAGGUGAGAUACUAAGCACAGGCCGGGUGACUUCUGGUGCUAAGCUUCUAGCCAAUGAGGAUACCCAGGAGGGGACUCCAGGAAGUUCACAUGCGUUAACACCCACUAGGACCAAUGCUUCUCAAGUGUCUUCAACCUUAGAGCAACUUAAAAAAGUGGGUGAUAAAUUGUUAGUUGACAGUUUUGCGGCUAUAGAGCAUAAAACUGCUCAAGCCAAUGAUGCAGUUGCUGGAACUGAAAUAGAGGUAAACAAGGAAAAUGAUGAUCCAUUGGCAAUGUUUCUUCCUCCACCACCUACAAACAAAUGCUCUGAGAAGCUCCAAGAUAAAAUCAAUAAUUUUCUUCGGCUAAAAAGUGGUGGAAGGAGUUUCAAUGAAGAAUUGCGUAAGUCAAAGGGUUAUAGAAAUCCUGACUUCUUGCAACAUGCUGUGAAAUACGAAGAAAUAGAUCAGAUUGGGUCCUGCUUCAGUAAAGAUGUUUUUGACCCUCAUGGAUAUGACAAUAGUGAUUUUUAUGAUGCCAUUGAGGCUGACAUGAAGCGUGAGAUGGAAAAGAAGGAACAGGAAAGGAAAAAAAGUCAAAGAGUUGAAUUUGCUCAAGGAGGUACACAAGCUGGAUCAAUGCUACCUCAACCAAAGAUCGGUGUGCAAAUCCCUGGUGUUCCAUCUAUUCCAGCAAGUAUGUCCUCACUUCUUGCUGCUGCACCAGCUCCUGAUGCUUUGGCUAGAGAGGGCAGGCAGAACAAGAAAACAAAGUGGGACAAGGUGGAUGGUGAUAGGAGGAUUCCCUUAGCCACUGGAGGGCAGGAUGCUGUGUCUACAGUCAGUGCACAUGCAGCGCUAUUAUCUGCUGCAAAUGCUGGGGCAGGAUAUACUGCUUUUGCGCAACAGAAGAGAAGAGAAGCUGAGGAGAAGAGAUCUCAUGAAGGGAGAUCAGAAAAGAGAUCAUGAAGAAGUCACUAGGAAUCAGGAGAAAGUUUUCCUCCUUUGCGCUUGAAAGUUGAAGUUUUGAGAUGUGUUCGAGGCCUGGUCGAAUGGACAUGUUCCUACUCUCAGCCCUCUAUGCAGUGGGUUUACAAACACCACCUGUCCCCUCCCCGGAGAAGAAAAAAAGGAACCUCGUCAAUAAAAAUUUACCUGUAUGUACAGAUGCGUUUGCAUCAACUGUUAAUUUUUUUUAUCCAAAAAUUUAUUAUAGAAGCAGUGCUUAUCUUUGAGCAACCACUAAAGAAAUAUUGUUUUGCCUCUUCCCAAUA